UUCUCCCAGGAAGAGGGGCAAAUGGAUGGACACUGCUCAGAGGGCUUUGUAUGGAGAGUGGACGUUACAGAAUUGCAGCAGUCUUGUUUCUGUGGGGCUCAUUGAUCACCCAGACCUGCUCACCUGUCCAGCAGAACAAAGGGACCUGGAAGGAUAGAAGAGACAGUAGCUAAGGAUCCAGGACAGCAAGACAUCCAUUCCUUAUUCCUGAAAUAGAAAGUCAAAGAAGAGAAACAGUAAGAAAUGGCUGAUUCUGCAGUUAAUCUGUCCCAGGCACUCCAGGCAGUCUUGCCCAACAUCUGUGAGACUGUCAGAGAGAACCAGCUACCCUGCCAGAACAGAUACCCACCAGAUGAGCCAGAGAUACAACCUGUUGAUUGGGUUUGGGUCAAGAAAUAUAUGGCCCAGCAGCUAGGAGGAAAGUGUACUGGACUGUUCCAGGUGAUCUUGGCCACACCUACUGCUGCUAAAGUAGCUGACAAGUCUUACCGAGUUCAGCAGAAUGAUCUAAAGCCAACAAAACUUGAACGUGUACCCCAGGAAUGUGUGGCUCUGUUGACAUUCAGGGAUGUGACUGUGGACUUCUCCCAGGAAGAGUGGGAAUGCCUGAACUCUGCUCAGAGGACUUUAUAUAUUGAUGUGAUGUUGGAGAAUUACAGCAAUCUGCUCUAUGUGGAGAACUAUUGCAUAUGUGAUCCUGUCCAUCAACAUGUGAAGACAGAAAGGGAGUCUUGUCAGUGUGGUGAGCUUGGGAAAAUGCUUCAUGACCCCUCCAAAUGUGCACCUUAUAAAACAAGUAAAACUCCAGAGAACUCUAAUAACUAUACAUAUAGUAAUCACAGGGAUGCCUCUCUUGACUUAUCAAACCCAGAUAGACAUGAAAGCAUGCACACUGGAGAAGAACCUUCCAAAUCUAAAGACUGGGAGAAAUCUUUAAAUUUGUUUUCUAGUAUUACUCAAGAUCAGAGAGUCUACACUGCAAACAAAGUGCACAGGCAGGGAGAAUAUGAUGAACAUUUUGGCUCUACAUAUAGUUGUUUGCAACAGAAAUUCUACAUUGGAGAGAAACCACACCAGUGUGGGAAAUGUGGGAAAUUCUUCAGUACUGCCUUAAGCCUCACUGUACAUCAGAGAGUUCAUACUGGAGAGAAGCCUUACAAAUGUCAGGAAUGUGACAAAUGCUUUACUGUGAAGUCAACUCUUACAAAGCAUCAAAGAAUUCAUACUGGAAAGAAGCCCUACAAAUGCAAUGUUUGUGACAAAUCCUUUACCCAAUGCUCAAGUCUGAAAACACAUCAAAGACUCCAUACAGGUGAGAAACCUUACACAUGCAGAGAAUGUGGAAAGUCCUUUCAUCAGUCCUCAGCACUUAAAAGCCAUCAGAAUAUGCAUACGGGAGAGAAGCCUUACAAGUGUAAGGAAUGUGACAAAUCCUUUGCCCACUAUUCUAACUUCAGGAGACAUCAGAAAAUCCAUACUGCUGAGAAACAUUAUAGGUGCCAAGAAUGUGGUAAAGUCUUUCAUUGGCUUUCACACUUAAGAAGACAUUACAGACUCCAUACUGGAGAGAAGCCGUACAAAUGCAAUGAGUGUGAUACUUCCUUUACCCACUAUUCAUCAUUUAGAAGGCAUCAGAAAACUCAUUCUCUUGAGGAAAUGUACAAAUGUAAAGAAUGUGGUAAGUCCUUUCUUGACUUAUCACAUCUUAAAAGGCAUUACAGAAUCCACACUGGUGAAAAGCCUUACAAAUGUGAGGUAUGUGAAAAAUCCUUUACCUUGAACUCAACUCUUAGAAGGCAUCAUAAAAUUCAUACUGGAGAGAAACCUUACAAGUGUGAGGUAUGUGACAAAUCCUUUUCUGUGACCUCAAAUCUUAGAACUCAUCAGAAAAUUCAUAUUGGAGAGAAACUUUACCAAUGUAGGCAAUGUGACAAAUCCUUUAUUCAGGACUCAUAUCUGAAAACACACCAGAGAAUUCACACUGGUGAGAGACCUUACAGAUGCAGAGAAUGUGGAAAAUCAUUUCAUCAGUUGUCAGCACUUAAACGCCAUCAGAAAAUGCACACAGGAGAGAAGCCUUACAAAUGUAGGGAAUGUGACAAAUCUUUUACCCAGGAUUCACAUCUUAGAACACAUCAGAGAAUUCAUACUGGAGAGAGACCUUACAGAUGUAAUGAAUGUGAAAAAUCUUUUACUGAGUGCUCAACUCUUAGACAGCAUCAGAAAAUUCAUACUGGAGAGAAACCUUACAAAUGUAUGGAAUGUGACAAAUCCUUUUCACGUAACUCACAUCUUAGAAUACAUCAGAAAAUUCAUAUUAGCUCACUGUGGGGUCAGAUCCUGGGUGCAGCGUCGUCCUGGAUGCAGCUCUGGUCUAGGCUGGCAGCAAGCGUGUGUGGAGUCUGUGCAGAGCGGGUCCAGGGCAGCCUGACAGCUGCAGCUGUGUGGGAGGCAGCGGGAGACAGAGUGGGAGGGACCGGUUCUGGCGGGGAAGGGAGGGCACGCACUCUCACCCGGAAACAGCUGAUGGAGGAGGUUGUUUGCCAUUGGUCGGGUGUAGAGGAACAGCCUAAACAAGUUGUAGUGAGGAGCCGCAGACAGCAGUGCCCAGUGCCCGUUCCCUGUCGCUGCUCCGGGUCCUGCACGGUGUGGAAUCCUGUGCUGCAGAUCUGGGUGCGGAGGGCACGGCGGGUGCCGCGGGGACCUGAAAACUCCGGAGCCGCAGUCUCCACGGGGGCGGCCUGGGAAAGUCACAGUCAGCAGCGCAGUGGCGGGAACCGCAGCCCGGCGGCCCUGGAACCUCCCAGCACUCACCGAUCACCCAGACCUGCUCACUUGGGGAACAAAAAGUCCUCAAAGGUGAAGAGAGAGAGGAUAGCAGCCAAGGAUCCAGGUAUGGUGGAGGAAUUGGUGGAGGGAUGGCAAGGGGUGCAAGCCAGCAAGCCAUCUAUAUAUUCCUUGUUCCUGAAAGAGAAACUCAAAGAAGAUAAACAGAAAGAAAUGGCUGAUUCUCCUGUUAAUCUGUUGCAGGGUCUAUUGACGUUCAGGGAUGUGACUGUAGACUUCUCCCAGGAAGAGUGGGAAUGCCUGGACUCAGCUCAGAGGGCUUUGUACAUUGAUGUGAUAUUGGAGAAUUACAACAACCUGCUCUAUGUGGAGAACUAUUGCGUAUGUGAUCCAGUCCAUCAACAUGUGAAUAAUGAAAAGGAGUGUUGUCAGUGUAAUGAGCUUGGCAAAGUGCUUCAUGACCCCUCCACAUGUGCAUUUUAUAGAACACGUGAAACUACAGAAAACUCUAGUAACUACACAUGCAGUAUCCACAGGCAUGCCUCUGUUGACUCAUCAAACCCAGAUAGACAUGAAAACAUGCACACUGGAGAAGAACCUUGCAUGUGUAAGGACUGUGAGAAAUCUUUAAAUUUGUGUUCCAGCAUUACUCAAGAUCAGAGACUCUACACUGCAAAGAAAGAGCACAGACAGGGAGAAUAUGAUGACUAUUUCAACUCUGCAUACAGUGUUGUGCAGCAAGCAAUCUAUAUUGGAGAGAAACCAUACCAGUGUGAGGAAUGUGGAAAAUAUUUCAGUAAUGCCACAAGCCUCACUGUACACCAGAGAAUACAUACUGGAAAAAAACCCUACAAGUGCAAUGUUUGUGACAAAUCCUUUACCCAGUGCACAAAUCUUAAAACACACCAAAGACUUCAUACUGGAGAGAGACCUUAUGAAUGCAGAGAAUGUGGAAAGUCAUUUCGUCACUUAUCAGCGCUUAAAAGCCAUCAGAAAAUGCACACAGGAGAGAAGCCUUACAAAUGUAAGGAAUGUGACAAAUCCUUUUCCCAGUGCUCAAGUCUUAAAACACAUCAAAGACUUCAUACUGGGGAGAAACCUUAUAAAUGCAAAGAAUGUGGAAAGUCAUUUCGUCAGUCCUCCGCACUCAAAAGCCAUCAGAAACUGCAUACAGGAGAGAAGCCUUACAGAUGUAAGGAAUGUAACAGAUCCUUUGCCCACUAUUCUAGUUUCAGGAGACAUCAGAAAAUCCACAGUGUUGAGGAACAUUCUAGUUAUGAAGUAUGUGGCAAGGUCUUUCAUCAGCUUCCACAAAGUGGAAGCCACUACAGACUCCAUACUGGAGAGGAGCCUUACAAAUGCAAUGAGUGUGAUAGAUUCUUUACCCACUAUUAAUGAUUUAGGAGGCAUCAUAAAAAUCAUUCUUUAGAGAUGUUGUAAGGAUGCAAAGAUUGUGAUAAGUCCUUCAUUAAACACCAUGUCUUAAAAAGGCAUUACAGAAUCUAUACUGAAGAGAAACCUUAGAAAUGUAUGUAUGACAAAUCCUUUACCCAGGACUCACAUCUUAGAAGGCAUCAGAGAGUUCAUACUGGAGAGAGACAUUACAGUUCUAAGGAAUGCAACAGAUCUUUUACUAGGCGUGCAUAUCUUAGAGCAGAUCAGAAAAUUCAUACCGGAAAGAAACCUUACAAUACAAAGACUGAUACAUCCUAUACCCAUAUUGCAAAUCUUAGAAGACAUCAGAAAAUUCAUACUAGAGACAAAAAUACUGUUGUAAAUACUGUGACAUAGCAUUUAUCUGGAAUUCUUGGCUUACAAAUCCUAACAUACAUAUAAUAAAAACAUA